AUGUGUAGGGUUUUCGACGAGAACAUCACCGCAGAUUGGAGUGAUGAAAUAGCUCAAAGCUGCCAGGACCUGCGACGCUCAAUGAUGGACUGGAUCUACAGAGAGCUUCAACGGAAGGCUGAAACGUUGAAAGAAAAUGGGUUUGUUCUGUCAUUUGACGUUGGUGUCGUCAAUAGUAUUCAAAGAUGA